UCCCAACCGCCCGCGCCCGCUGCUAGGCAGCGGCGGGGAUGGCGAGCCGCGGAGCUGGGGCGGUGACGAUAGCAGCGGUUCCGCCAUUGGACGAGGAGGCCUGAGGGACGGGCCAGCCUGGUGAACAAGGAGAUACCGAGGCGGGUGGCCCCGAGAGAGCGAGGGCAAUGGAGGCUAACAUGCCGAAGCGGAAGGAGCCCGGCAAGUCCCUGCGCAUCAAAGUCAUCUCCAUGGGCAACGCUGAGGUGGGAAAAAGCUGUAUCAUAAAACGUUACUGUGAGAAAAGAUUUGUGUCUAAAUAUCUUGCAACAAUUGGAAUUGACUAUGGAGUCACAAAGGUACAAGUCAGAGACCGAGAAAUCAAAGUGAACAUCUUUGAUAUGGCUGGCCAUCCCUUCUUCUAUGAGGUUCGUAAUGAGUUUUACAAGGAUACACAGGGUGUAAUACUGGUCUAUGAUGUUGGGCAGAAGGACUCCUUUGAUGCCCUUGAUGCUUGGCUGGCAGAGAUGAAACAAGACCUUGGACCUCAUGGAAGCAUGGAAAAUAUUGUAUUUGCGGUGUGUGCCAACAAGAUUGACUGUACCAAGCACCGCUGUGUAGAUGAAAGCGAAGGGCGUCUCUGGGCCGAAAGCAAAGGGUUCUUGUACUUUGAAACUUCAGCACAAACCGGAGAAGGAAUCAAUGAAAUGUUCCAGACCUUUUACGUAUCCAUAGUUGAUUUAUGUGAAAAUGGCGGGAAACGUCCUAUCACGAAUAGCAGCGCUAGUUUCACCAAAGAACAAGCAGACACCAUUCGCAGAAUUCGAAACAGUAAGGACAGUUGGGACAUGUUGGGAGUCAAACCUGGGGCCUCAAGGGACGAAGUCAACAAAGCCUAUCGGAAACUCGCUGUGCUGCUUCACCCUGACAAGUGCGUGGCGCCUGGUAGUGAAGAUGCCUUCAAAGCAGUUGUGAAUGCCCGGACAGCCCUCCUGAAAAACAUCAAAUAGGAAGUAAGAGACAAAGACAAGUGUGGGCCUCACGUACAAACUGACUCUCCCUAGAAGGGAAAUAACCAACAUGGAUUUUUUUUUUCCUCCACCAAAUCCUACUGCUUUUUUCACCCGUGUUGUCAUUUGUAAAUUAGAAAUCGAGGUGCCUGUUACCAUUUCGCAGACAUUUUUCAGAGCGGUGAAGAGGACCGAGCACCCCUUGUACACUGUAGUUCAUUUCAUAUUUGCAGGUAAUCUGAAUUUGUUCCCUUUCGUUUGUAAGCUCUGUAAUUGUAGCAUCCCAUAUGCACUUCACUCAGGAAAGUCCGUGAGGUUUCUGGAGGGAGGAAGGAGGAUAGGAGAACCCUUACACUUUUUCUUUUUCUUUUUCUUUUGUUUUUUAAAUUCAUCAGAGAAGGAAACAACAAAAACAAGGAAACAAUAUCAAAAACCCCCAAAGUUUGGUGGAACCUCACAGGCGAGUCGUUCCUUUUACAAGUUCCUUAGGUGGUAUUUGAACCAUCGUUCAAUCUAUAAUUAAUGAACUCUUGACAGCCCUUUGGAAGUUUGUGAGUUGAGGUGUUACAGUUCUGAGUUGAGCAGCCCUUUCAGCACCUGCAAUCUGGUCCCCUUCUCCAGCCACCAGGGGGAGGGACGAGCCGGUCCUGAGAGAGAAGGGGCCGUGGCAGCCACGAGUUCUGGCUACACUGGCUGCUCUAGCGCUUGGCCCGGAUCUGAGCCCUUUCUUCAGCCAUGGACUUGGGCACUGGUAGUGGUAGGGAGUAUUGUGCACCUAGGAAUCAGGAAUCUGACCCCAAACAGAAGUGCUUGCAGGUCACACUAGAGCUUGUGCACAUAUCCCCAAAGGGCAAGGCCAGAGGCAAGGCCAAAGGGCAAGCCCACCCUGCUGGGGCUUGUCUGAUGCCCGGCGGCGGAGAAGCCCCCCUAUGAGGCUUAUGCCUUUUCUUGUUUCUGCAUUGUCUGCCCCGGAUAGGCAGGAAAGGCAGGGUAGUCCCCCACGAGCCGUGCCUCGUCCUCACUUCCUCAUCUACAUUAGCUCCCCUUCUUCCUCUUCUCUUCCUCUUAUUUAUUUAUUUAUUUUUAAUAUACCAUAUCUGUCAUUUUUCUCUUCUUGAAUCCCUGGCUUUUUGGCCACUGGCUCCCCCAGCCUCCCUUACAAGCCUUGACCUUACAGCCCUCCCCAGCAAGUCCUGGUUGACCAGAGACAAGUAUGGGUCCUUGGGGUGGUGGUGGAGGGAGAGAUCUGAAGGCCUGAGUGGAAAGAAUCUCUAAUUUUUGCUUUGGCUCCAUAUUUCUGAAUAGUGAUA